AUGAUCACGGCGAGGAAGCUGCUUCUGCUGGCGGCGGUCGCGAUGGCGGCGAUGGCGACGGCGGCGGGAUCCUACGACGUGACGAUACGCGUCACGAACAAGCUGAGCAGCGGAAUGGCGCUGAUACUGCACUGCAGGUCCGCCGACGACGACCUCGGGGGUCGCGCCCUCGACGCCAACGCCACCUACGGGUUCAGCUUCGGCCAGAACUUGGUGGGCGGGGCAACGUAUUUCUGGUGCAACGCUGCGUUUCGUGAUCGGCGUCUCUCUUUCGCCGCGUUCGACGAGGCCGAUCACGUCACGUUCGUCAAGGGGUUCGACGUGUCGGAUGAUGGAGUUGAUGGGGUAAGCACAGACUCCCGUAAAUAUGUCUACACUGAAUUACAAAAUCACGGAUUGUCGGAUUCUGCCUAA